AAUCGAUUUUUUAUUGGCUGUAAAAUAUUUUAUUUUAUUAUUUAUUUUAAAAUAACUUUUACUUCAGUAUCAAUAUUUUAGAUUCCAAAGAUGCAAGAACUGGAAGAUGUGGUAAAAUAAUUUUAUAUCAAGCUUUGAAGAACUAAACUGAUAUAACAUUUCUUACCCACAUUCUACAAGGGGUUUAAGUUUUUAAAAUCUGUUUCAGAAAAACUACAAUUUUGGUCUGAAUGAACAUCACCAAUCACACAUUAUGAAUUAUUUGAAGUUCGCCCGUCAGCAAAGAAUGCAGGCAAUUAAAGCAGUCGAGUAUUCCUUCACAGAUGUGAUGGAGUCAAGGUGUGGCAGGUGUGGGGUCCGUGCAGGCUGCUGGAGGACACGUACACGGGCGACGAGGUGCGGGAGCUGCUGACGGGCCUGCUCAGGCUCGUCCAGGGGGAGGUGGAGGCGGAGCUCAUGGACGCCGCCCACAGCAACGCCCUCCUGCUGAAGCAGCUCUGCUCGCAGGCCGAGGCCUGGCACCUGCGCCUGCAGCCGGACCUCUCCGAGCUGCACAGCAGGCGGGAGCUGGAGGCCCUGAAGGGACUGGACCGGGGCUGCCCGCCCGCCAAGCCGUGCAGCCCGGCCAAGCUGAGGCUGGCCCCGCUGGCCGAGGGGCCCGGCCCCGCGGGGCGGCUGCGCCAGGAGGUGGACCAGCUCGGUGCCGAGAACGCCCGCCUGGCCCGGCAGCUGGCCGACACCGAGCGCCAGUUGUGUGCGUCUCGCGACGAGGCGGACUUGCUGAGAGAGGCCAUGGAGGCAGCCGCACGCAGACCUGAGCAGACCCGCACGCCACCCACACCGACACAGCCAGACGUGCAGCCAGGGCGUGUGGAUGAGCAGCUGGAGGCGGAGCGGGGCCGGCUGCGCGGCGCGACGGUGGAGCUGGAGCGCUCGCGCGGGGCCCAGCAGCGGCUGGAGCGCGAGCUGGCCGCGUCCCGGGAGCAGGCGGAGGCCGCGGCCGCCCGCCUCGUCCUCGCAGAGCAGGAGCUGGAGAGAAAGUUCAGCGAGACGGCUGCGUACGCCAACUUGAAGAAGAUGCUGUCGAAGAAGAACGAGCAGAUAAAAGAGCUGAGGGCGAAACUGCAGGCCACCGAGCCGUCCACGGACGCAGCAGAGGAGACGGUCGUGUGAGGGCUGGUGUUCCCGUUGCUACGAGGAACCGCCACGUCGCACGUGGACUGCCAGUUUGCUUUGCAGGCACAUUCGCAUUCGCACACGCAACGCAACGUACGAGUAGCCAGCUUUCAAUGGAGGAAUUCUCUGCACAAUCUCAUUUUGGCACUGUCUUGUUUGUGCCUUUUAUAUCUUUGGUUGACAUGAAUGUUUAGUGCAAAGGCUGAGCCUUCUUGAGUAGCGGAAGUGUGGUGGUGGUCACAAUUGUUUCACCAGUGAUCGUAGUAGCUAUAAAUUAAAUCUUCCUCCAUAUCUUUCAUUGCAUCAUUUUGACUCGGUUAUUCCAUAAUUUAUUGUAAAAAUAUUCUCUUUUGUAGUCGUAGAGGUUUGAGUUUAACCUGCGGGGAAGGAAACUGUUACAACGUAAAGUUUUACAGGACUUGGCAGAAUAUUUUUUUUGUUUAAGUGUGUCUCUAGUCAUGUUGGGGGUGAAACAUCUUGUAUGUGGAAUAAUCUGCAGUGCAGCUGUGACUUUAGGGACUUCACCCAGUGUUGUAUCGCGUAGUCAUCAGUGGUACAGAUUGGUGUUUGAAGUUAUCAUGAGAGAGUGUCCAUACGUCUGUGAUUGGCAGAGACUUCAGUAGGAAGACAACAUGAAGCAGCUGUCCCUAUCGGCAGACCACACUAGUUGCUGUACAAAGUAAUCCGUCCACUGACACCAUUUUAGUUUGUAAUGUGUUCACUGGAUUUGCACUGUAUCUGUCAUUUAUAAUAAACUGAAUGAUAAACUGUU